AUGGCCACCAAAACAAACUGUCUGCUUCUCGUACUGUCCACACUUUCCUCUUGGGUGAAUUCAGUGGGAGGCUUCCUCGAUAUUGAUGAACUCAAGUCGAUUCAUUAUGGCAUAGACAUUUUACGGACACCUGUAGUUUUAGGAAAGGAUGACCCCCCUGGAGCAGUUUAUCUUCAGUCAAAAUUUGGCCAGCAGUAUCAAUGCAGCUUCCCUGAUCACUCACAACAGGAGAAGCAGAAACAGGAAGAAGAAAAGCUAGCAGUGGAAAUUGGCAUUCCAGAACUUCUGCGGCCUUUAGAAACUGGACCUUGUUUAAUAAAAGUAAAAGACUGGUGGACGUAUGAGUUUUGUUAUGGAAAACAUGUUAGACAGUACCAUUUAGAAGAUGGUCUGAUAACAGGAGAUAUUAUUUAUUUGGGACUGUUUGAAUCUGAAUUUGAUUGGAACAAUAAUGAAGUCUCAUCCAAAAAUAAAAACCGAUUAAAUAGGUACCACAGUCAACAUUAUGGGAAUGGCUCCAAAUGUGAUCUUACUCAAGAGCCCAGGAAGACUGAAGUCAGAUUUUUAUGUGAGGAGGGGAGUGGUGACUAUAUAGCCCGUAUAGAUGAACCAGAGACGUGUGUGUAUAUACUGACUGUGCACACUACAAAGAUCUGCCACCACCCAGACCUCAGGCCUAAAUCCCACAGCCACAAUGUGCCCAUCUACUGUAACCCGGUUAUCACAGAUGCUCAGUAUGAACAGUACCUAGUUGAUUUGGAAGAGGAGAGACAUAGAGAGGCAGCAGAGGCUGAAGCCAGGAGAGUAACAGAAGCAGAAGCCACAAGGGCAGCAGAAGUAGAAGCCAAGAGGGUAGCAGAUGAACAAGCAAAGUCUGUUCUUACAGAUCCUGACGAUUCAACCAUUUCGUCAGAAGGUGUGAGAAUGCAAUCCAAGGAGGAUCUUACUAAACUAUUGGACAGGGUUUUGCACAAGCAGCAGCAACAGCAGCAGCAGCAGGUCGUGGCAUCUGGAGAAUCCCCUGUUGUAGAUGUUGACAACAAGAACCCAACAACAGUAAAGGAUGGACUACCAUCUCAACCCAAAGGGGAUGGCUCAUCCACCAGCUCAACGGGUGAGAAAGCAGAUGAGGAGGAGGAAGAUGUGCAUGUGGACCAGCAACUCCUGGAAGAGUUUAACCAAGGUUUGGAUGACAUAGCUGGUGAAGAAGGGGAGAAGGCAGCCUUGGCUCUCAUGAAGGAUGAGAUCAGACAAACCAUGGAGUCUCAGUUUAAUGACAUCAUUAAAGAGGCACAAGAUGAGCUUGGCACUGAUGACAUGGAUGUAGAAGAAAGAAAGGUUGCUUUCAAACAUCUUAGUGAAACUUUAGCCAAACUGAUCAAGAAGGUCCAGCGUACAGGAAAAGAGAUAGAAGAUGCUACUAAAGCAGUUGAUGCCUUAAACACUGUAACAAAUACUAACACUGAGGAUGAGCAAUUGGUAGCUGACAGCUCAGAAGACUCUCAGAAAGCAGCAGCCUCAGAGACACAGACAACUUCAGACAAAGCUGCCUUGAAAUUCCCAGUGUCAGAGGAUGACAGUGAUCGUGUCAAAGUGAGAAUAACUCGUAUAAAGAGCAGUCCCAAGGAUGAUGACCUUGAACAGGAUGAAGACAGCAGUAAGAAACAUAUGGUGGAGACGACAAUACAGGAUGAAUUGAAGAAAGCAGGGCUGGAUACGGAAGGUGGCAAAAUCCAUGUGAAAAUAAUAACUGCGGGAUACUAUGACACGGAUAAAAACUCUGUUCAUGUUCUCUCGGAAGAGGAUAGUGAAGCUUUUAACAAAAUGAUAGUGGCAAUACUGGGUGGAAAUAAUGAGGCAGCCAAGGAAGCCGAAAAACACAAGCAACUUGAAGAUAAUUACAACCUAGUUUGGGAAAAGGAUAACAGAAAAUCAAAAAAGCCUUAGAAACUAUCUUCUCUAUCCCUACAGUGCAAUCAAAACAUUUGGAGAUUUGGAAAAUUUAGCUGUUAUGUUAUUUAAAUUUUGGUUUCUUUCUACAUAUCAUUGGUUGUUUAUUUUGUAUUGAUUUAUUAUUAAAUGUGGGGAUUUUAUGAUACUUCUAA